UGUCCCAGAUUCCCAUGGUGUGUACUGGAAAGGGAAAUCAAGCCAAGCCGAUCAAACCAGAAGCAAACACAACACAGAUAGACACCAGUGCCGUAGUUUCUGUAGUUCUCAGAGGAAAACUGUUUCAUUCUACUCAAUCCAGAGGACAGCAAACUCUUACUGGGACACUGUAGAACUCUUUAAGGGUCUCCUGGACCUUUAAGAAGAACCCUCAGAGAAGCAGACUAUAUGAGAGAUGUACUUAUACAAAGCGACUUGUGCAGAAAUCCCCAACCUGAAGCCCAAAGGAAUUCAGAAGUCGAGUGGAGACAGAGCACAGACCCGCAUCAGCAGGGACAACUCAGUGGACAAGGCUUAUCCGUUCAUGUGCUGGAGUGGACUGAGGACUAACACACACCUGGAGCUCAAACACCUGGAGGAGUUCCUCAACACACACGCUGUCUCACUUCAGGACUCUGUACCAACCGUGACUGGCAUGGUGUACAGGAACCUUGGGAAGUCUGGAUUGCGAGUAUCAUGUCUGGGUCUCGGUACCUGGGUGACUUUUGGAGGUCAGAUUUCUGAUGAGGUAGCAGAGCAGCUGAUGACCAUAGCCUAUGAGAGCGGAGUGAACCUGUUUGACACGGCCGAGGUUUACGCUGCAGGAAAAGCUGAAGUCAUCCUGGGAAACAUUAUCAAGAAAAAGUGCUGGAGGAGAUCCAGUUUAGUGAUUACGACUAAGCUCUACUGGGGGGGAAAAGCCGAGACUGAGAGAGGCCUUUCCAGAAAGCAUAUAAUAGAAGGUCUCAAAGGCUCUCUACAGAGAAUGCAGCUGGAAUACGUGGACGUGGUCUUCGCCAACCGUCCAGACAGCAACACACCGAUGGAGGAGAUCGUGAGGGCGAUGACCCACGUGAUCAACCAGGGGAUGGCUAUGUACUGGGGGACGUCCCGAUGGACAGCCAUGGAGAUUAUGGAAGCGUACUCGGUGGCGAGGCAGUUUAACCUGAUCCCCCCGGUGUGUGAACAGGCCGAGUAUCACCUCUUUCAAAGGGAGAAAGUGGAGGUGCAGCUGCCUGAGCUCUACCACAAGAUAGGCGUAGGAGCCAUGACAUGGUCCCCUCUUGCCUGUGGAAUCAUCACUGGAAAGUAUGAAAACGGCAUCCCAGAAUCCUCUAGGGCGUCAAUGAAGUCGUACCAGUGGCUGAAGGAGAAGAUCAUGAGUGAGGAUGGGAGGAAGCAGCAGGCUAAGCUGAAGGAGUUGGCUCACAUUGCUGAGAAGCUCGGCUGCACUCUGCCACAGCUGGCUGUGGCCUGGUGCCUGAGGAACGAAGGAGUGAGUUCGGUUCUCUUAGGAACCUCCAACCCAGAACAGCUAACAGAAAACCUGGGAGCCAUUCAGGUUCUCCCCAAGAUGACGUCCCAUGUAGUGACUGAAAUCGACCACAUACUUGGAAACAGGCCGUACAAUAAGAAGGACUAUCGCUCGUAGGGGUUUGGGUCACAUCGUCCCGGUGCGUUUCCUGAUCUGAACACCUCUCUCCUGCUCCUCCUCCUCCUCCUCCUCCUCCUCCUCCUCCUCCACCUCCUCUUCCUGGGUUUGCUCUGUAGUAGGAGUCUGGGAGAGAGCCUCGCCUCGCUCGUGUCCUCUUUGUGCAUGCCCCCUUCCCCUUUCUAACUCAACAGCCACGCAUCACCAUGACGACAACCACCGUCUGAUGAAAAACUACGCACGAAAUCACAAAUCGUCAUGUAGCAAGGGAGCGUGGUGCUCCGAGAGCCGCAUUGCUGACGCCCUGCUCUGACCUUGGAAGUGUCCCGAACCUGACAUGUCCUCUGCUCGGUGAGCUGUGAGCCAAGGGACAUACUGGAGACCUGGAGAUUGUAGAGACGGGAGGUGUGGAGCAUGUCUCACCCUGCUGUUCGAGCGGGAGAACUGCAGCCUUGCUUUCGAUAAGCUGAAGAGGAACAAGGCGUCCCGUUCCACGCAUCCAUACUGGUCUUUGCCUGUUUAACGACAGCCUGCAUUAGUAAUUGCAUCUGAUUAAAGAAAGCCUGUAUUGUUUUGUUUUUGUAAAUAGUGUGACACUGAUCACAUUGCGCUCGUGGCAGAACACUGUAUGGCUUCUGAGCUAUAAAGAAUUAGUGCAAGAACAAAGCUGGAACACUUAACAGUUGCUCAUCAGGAUGAUGUUUUCAGUUUAAACUCAUGAAAUUGUAUUGCAGAUAGACAGCAUUGUAGAAUUAACGUUAAAUAUGUAAAUAGUGCAUCCUGAACAACCAGCACACGCAGCUAGAGCUUUCGCUGCUGUGUUCCUGUUUGUAUUAUUUUUUUCCAGUUCUGUUUGCUUCUUAGGAUGAAGCUCAACUGGAUUCAACGGCUGUGUUUACAUGCAGACUAAUAAUCCGUUUUUAUAAUCAUCUGAUUGAUUGGAAUAAAAGAAAUGGUUAAUUACAUUCCCUUAAGGUUUUAUUUGAAAUAGAAGGCAGUCUAAAUGAACUGAUAGAUACUGUAUAAUCUUUUUAAUAUAAUAAAAAUGAGCAUGUAAACCUUUUAAUCUGAUUAUUAAGAGCUUUUAGCUUCGAAAUGUGUUUGCACAUGUGCAGUCGAGGCAUUUGACAAGCAACAAAACAUCGUCCUGUGAUUAGACAAAGUUCAUGCUAGAUAGUUUAAAUUAUUUAAAAAAUAACUGGACAUUAAAACAUGUUGAGGCAUAUAUUUUUUUUUAAAUAUCAAUAAAAUUAGAUGAUGAGUAAAUGCUUGUCAUAUGGAAGAAUGCAGUCUAGGCAAAAUUUUCCACUGUUUUUAAUUACUACAGCUUCAUUAAUGGUGAAAUUUUUGGUGAAUAUAAACCAAAAUUCACCAAAAUGUGUCCAAAUUGGACAUUUUAAGGAGAUGGACAUGAUUUAAAACUUGUUAAAGAGACAAAUUAAAAAGUGUUUGGACACUCGGCUAACAUGCUAACAGAGACGCUCUGAUAACCCUGCUGGAAAAAAAAAAAAAAACAAUAGAAACCCUUAUAGAAUUUGUAAUGGUUUUAAUGGUUAUAAUGGGAACUGUACUGGUUUUAAUGGAAAAAUUGUCCCUGUAGGUCUCUACUGGUAAUUUAUUGCCUUUUAUUGGUGGCAUGUUAUGUCUAACACCAUUAAGGACCAAUAAUGGUAAUGGUUUUACUGGAUAGGUGAUGGAUUGUAAUUGCAUUUGUAGUGGAAACCAUUAGAAUUUCUGUGAUGGUUUCUAUUGUUUUUUUCAGCAGAGAAGCCUCGACAAACUCAAACGCCUCUCUAAAUAAACAAAAAUGUUACAAUUGUGUGUAAAUAUUUAAAAUACUUAAAUGGUCAAUUCACAAUCUGCGAUCGUAAUGAAUAUAAUUCUUCAAUGUAAACACAGCCGCUGAUUCCGCAGUAGUAUAGAGCACGUGAAGACCAGUUUCAUUCACACAUUCUGUACAUAUGCAGCUUAUAGUCAAGCUCACUACUCAAUCUGAAAGCCAUAAUCUAUAUUACACAUAAUAAAUGCUGCUCUCUCUCUCUCUCUCUCUCUUAAUUUUUCCUCUUCUACAUUUCCAGAGGUUAUUAACUUCUCACAUUACAUAUUAUUUUUAUGACAGUGUACAGCAUUUACUUAUUUGCAAGUCAUAGUGGAAAGAACUUUUCUGAAAAAUGUGCAUUUGUUUUACUCUGGUCAUUACAAACUUUCUAGUGUAGGUAUAUAUAUGUGUGUGUGUGUGUGUGUGUGUGGCGGUCUGGGAAAACCCAUCAGAUAUCAUUGUCACUGACAAAAAUGGUUUUUUUUGCUUUGUUGUUUUUUUUCCAGUAAUGUACUUUGAUAUCUCUAUUUUAAGAAAACGUAAAUGUGUAAAUAUCAAAACGCUGUGUAAAUGGUAUUAUUUAAGCUACUUUCUAACAUUGCAUUGGCUCUUUCCUGUAAAUGGUAUUGUUUAAGCUUUCCUGUAAAGAUCAUGUUGUGUAAGGAGCCAGUUUAUUAAACACAGCGGUAAAAACAGUCAGCGUGCUUAAAGACGCCCAAAUCCUGAAACAGACAGAAGUCUAAUAAGUCUAAUGUCUGUGUCUAAUCUCCUGCAUCAUCAUCAUCAUCAUCAUCAAAACAGAGAAGAGCGCUUACACACUCUGUACAGACCAAGUUCUAAAAUGUUUAAAUGAGCAAAUAAUAACACAAUAGCAAAAAAAUUGAUCCAAACGCAACAGAAGAAUCUGUAUUAAUCAGCGAUUAUUACGUAGCGUGAACAGAGAUCAGUGGAGUGAAGAGACGGCGAUGAGGCUCGUGAUGAUGAUGAUUAUUGCGUCAGGUGACGAGACAGAGACUGAUGUGGACGAUGCUGACAGUCAAAGUGAGAACUCUGAGCUACAUUGAGCUACAUGCAAACGAGGAACAUCUUUCAGUUCAGGAAAACGUGUUGCUCUCCAAACUGUCCAAAUUUGACCACGUGUAGCGUUUUCUCAGGCUGCCACACAGAAACUUCUGAAAAUCCACGCGUCCGAGCGUGUUCCAUCACAUGGCUACAGCUGACCUCUGGACCGAGUGCCUUUAUAAUAACAUGCUUGUGACACACAGGGCUUUUGCGUUGUCAUACGAAUCCAUAAACAGCCGUGUGCAUACGAGGAAAUGAGAUACUGUGUAAAUUUCAUCAUUUUACAAACGACACGUUUGCUGUGGUAGUAGUCGUAGUCGCACUAUCAUGUCAUGUGCAUCACCUUACCCCUGGAUGGACACACUGACUUCUGUACAUAUAUACAAUAUGUAGAGCUCGAUUAUAUGCUUGAAAUAAAAACGCAAAUGAUAAA